AUGGCCAGUUUUCCUCUUCACUUCCUGUCGCUGGUGGUUUUCGUCCCCGUCGUCGUGGUGAUGACGACCCCACUGGAGGACCCCCCGGCCCCUGGGGGCCCCGGAGCCCUGCAGGACCACUGCCAGCAGCUGCUGCAGGACGGUGUCCCCCCGGAGGACAUCCCCUGGUUCUGCCUCUGCUCACAGUGUCCCAGCAGCCUGGGGCCCAAAGGGGACCCAGGGGCCCGCGGACUCCCAGGACAUCCAGGAAGUCCUGGGCGGAGAGGGACGACCGGCUUCAGGGGACCUCCGGGAUUCAGGGGACAACCUGGGGUCAAAGGACAGAAAGGGGACGAGGGGGAGAAGGGACACCGAGGACUUCAGGGAGUCGGGGGACCCAAAGGAGGCCGCGGCUUCAAAGGUGACGGAACAGGUUUUGAGUCUUUGAGGUCCAGCAGGUUCAGAACCAGCAGGUUCAGGUUCGGAAAGUUCAGGUCCUGUCCGGUAGGUUCAGGUCCAGCAGGUUCAGGUCCAGCAGGUUCAGGUUCAGGUCUGGAAGGCUCAGGUUCAGAUGCAGCAGGUGCCAAAGGUGAACCUGGUCUGGAGGGCCGCCUGGGCGGUCCGGGUCCUAAAGGAGACGAUGGAGUCUGUCCAGAAGCCUGCGAGUCCAGCCAAGGCCCCCCAGGACCCCCCGGUGUGCCUGGCCCUGCAGGGCCCACUGGUCUGCCCGGGACCCCGGGUCGGCAGGGAGUCGAAGGCCUGAAGGGAGACACGGGGGAUCCCGGUCCACUCGGUGUUCCUGGAUCUGUGGGUGGGAAGGGGGAACCGGGGCCCCCGGGGGACUGUAACUGUACUCUUGGAGUCGAUGGGGGUCCAGGGCAGAAGGGGGACAAGGGACACAAGGGGGACCAGGGACAGAUGGGGCCUGCCGGGCAGACAGGGCAGCAGGGUGAUAAGGGAGACAUGGGGACCAUGGGGAUGAUGGGUCCUCCUGGUCCCUGCAUGCCCGGCAUCCAGUCCGGCUUUACCGCCGGGCUGACCUCCAGCUACCCGGCGCCCGACACCCCCGUGGUUUUUUCUAACGUCAUUUAUAACACACAGGGUAGCUACGACCCUGGCUCCGGCCUCUACACCGCCCCCGUCAAUGGCACCUACGUGUUCAGCUACCACCUCACCGUGUACGAACGCGUCCUCAAGGUCGGCCUCUUCCUUAACUUUGUGCCAGUCGUUAUAACCACUGACCCCAAAGUGUUCGGGACCACCUCGCAGUCCGUUGUCCUACACCUGUCCCGCGGGGACAGGGUGUGGGUCCAGGUCAAGGAUCUGAUCACUAACGGCAUGUAUGCUGGCGCCGAGACCAGCAGCACCUUCUCUGGCUUCCUACUCCAUCCGGACUCAUGUGACAUGCCGUUACUGAGAGGUCUCUCUGAAGACCGGCAACCCUCAGACAACCAGGGCGGAUACACCUGGGGCGUUUUACCCAAUUUACCCCCCUCCCCCACUCCAGCUGGAUCCGUCUAG